GAAAUAAAUUAGGAUAAUUCAAAAAAUAUUCUCUGCCAUCUCUCUUCCCCACUGCCAAAACCUCAUCUCCAGUCGUCCAGCUCAUGAGACUCUGAAGAAACUCUCUCCCUUUACUUCAUAAACCCUCGCAUCAAUAAAUAAUCCAUGGCGAGAACUCUGAUUUCAUCACAGCCGUUCAUUGGCACUCCGCUUCCAUGGUCAAAAAUUUCUCACCAUGGUGGCCUCUACACGCUCCCUCGCCGUAGACUCGUCUCCACCAGAGUCCGUCUCAGCUUCAACGAAAUCCCUCCGAAUCCCUCCUUCGACUCUUCCUUCGAUUUUCAAGCACUUUAUACCAAAGCCGAGAGCCUCCUCUACACUCUCGCCGACGCUGCGGUUGCAGCCGAUCCCGCCGCCGGGUCUAUCGACGCCACCCCGCAAAAGAAUGGCGGCUGGUUCGGCUUCAUCUCUGAAUCAAUGGAAUUUGUUCUCAAGGUGUUGAAAGAUGGAUUAUCAGCGUUACACGUGCCGUACUCGUAUGGAUUUGCGAUUAUAUUGCUUACGUUUAUAGUUAAGAUUGCUACAUUUCCUUUGACGAAGCAACAGGUGGAAUCAACAUUAGCUAUGCAAAACCUUCAACCAAAAAUAAAAGCUAUCCAACAAAGAUAUGCAGGCAAUCAGGAAAGAAUACAACUUGAGACAUCUCGUUUGUAUAGGCAAGCUGGGGUUAAUCCUUUGGCAGGUUGCUUCCCUACUUUGGCCACUAUUCCAGUCUGGAUAGGCCUGUAUCAAGCUCUGUCAAAUGUGGCAAAUGAGGGACUGCUUACGGAAGGUUUCUUUUGGAUCCCUUCUUUGGGUGGGCCAACUACAAUUGCUGCUCGACAAAGUGGGUCUGGAAUUUCUUGGCUUAUUCCAUUUGUGGAUGGCCAACCACCAAUCGGAUGGCAUGACACUGCUGCAUACCUUGUUUUGCCUGUACUCCUUGUUGUCUCUCAAUAUGUUUCAAUGGAGCUCAUGAAGCCUCCCCAGACGGACGAUCCUGCCCAAAAGAACACACUUCUUGUUUUCAAGUUUCUUCCACUUAUGAUUGGUUACUUUUCGUUAUCUGUUCCAUCAGGAUUAUCAAUUUACUGGUUCACAAAUAACGUCCUUAGCACUGCACAACAGGUGUGGUUACGCAAGUUAGGUGGUGCAAAACCUGUUGUUGAUGAGAGUGCAAGUGGAAUUAUAACUGCAGGACGUGCAAAACGAUCAGCUGCUCAACCAGCACGGCCUGGGGAUAGGUUCAGACAAACAAAAGAAGAAGAGAAGAAGAAGAAAGUAAGCAAGGCUCUGCCAGCAGAAGAGGUUCAGACUCUAGAUUCUGCAUCUGAUUCUGAUGAGGAAUCAGGUGAAGAGACAAAGGGCAAGGGUGACGAGGCUGUCAAAGAAGCAUAUGCUUCCAGUGCAAGCAAACAGGUUCCUAAUAUUUCUCGGCCAAGACGAAGCAAGAGAUCAAAGCGGAAGCGUGCUGUAUAAGAGGAUUGUAUACUGAAUUGUUGUAGCUUACGGUGAGUCCUGUAUAUUUAAUGGAAUUGUACUGUUCUUAAUAUAGUGGCCAUUUUUAUGCUGGCUCAUUCAUCUUAAGAUUUAUUGCAAAAUCAUGGAAAACUGUCUGAUUGAAAAAAGUCCAUGCCCACAUGCUCUAAAAAGCCCAUAUUUUUCAUAUUUUAGUCAUUGCUCAGGUUAAGAAAAUUUAAUUCAACUGUGUAACCUGGCAUUUUUACCAUGUGGUAUGUUACGUGGCUGUUAAG